UGUAGCCUUUGGUGGCUCCCACUUCCCCCUUCACUAUCCCGACAUCGGCAUCGCUGGUCAUGAUGGGACCGGCAGGUGCUGGGAGAGGAGGCCUGAGGCAGGCGGCCUCGGCUCUCUCUCCUUCGGGCGUGGCGGCGGCGGCCGCGCCUUCUGUGGCGUUGGGGGAGGUGGGUUUGGGGCAGGCGGCCCUGACUCCUCCUUCCUCGCCGGCGGUCAGGAGGACCGCAUCUCCUUCGGUUGUGGCGGCGCCCGCGCCUUCUGUGGUGUUGGGGGAGGGGGGUUUGGGGCAGGCGGCCCUGACUCCUCUUUCCUCGCCGGCGGUCAGGAGGACCGCAUCUCCUUCGGCUGUGGCGGCGCCCGCGCCUUUUGUGGCGUUGGGGGAGGGGGGUUUGGGGCAGGCGGCCCUAACUCCUCCUUCCUCGUCGGCGGUCAGGAGGUCCGAGCCUCUUCCCAGCGUACCCGUUGCUAUGGGUCUCGGCUUGGGGCACUUGUCCGAGGGGCAUGGGAGCCCGCUGCCGCCUCCUCCGGUAUCCUUGGUUGACCCUUCGUGGGUUUCAGCGCGAGGAGUUACUAGGGAGGAGGUCGUUGCUUUUGGCGGGAUCCCGGACCCGGCCUCGACGGGGAGGCGGAUGAGUGCUCGCAUUCAGGAGCUUCCGGAGGUUGAUGACAUGCAGCAGAGGUGCGCUAUGAGGGCGGCCAAGCUUCAUGAUGCUGCGAUCUCUACUGGUUAUUUUCCGAGCCACGGCCGUGAUCCGUUCAUGGUCGCUACUCACUCCGAUGGAGGCCAGGGAGCAUUUGGUUACUGGAUCUAUCCGCUGGGAGAUGGUAGCUCGGGAUAUCUUCAACCGGUUUGGAUGGCGGUCAUGUAAUAGGAUAGGCAAUUAGUUUACCUAUCUAUCUUUAGCCAGCCGGUUGUGGCGUCUUAUCUUGGCUAGUCUGUGUGUCCAGCCUCUUUAGCUCUGUGUGAGCUGUCUUUUUAUUACUUUUCAGUAGGAGACUUUGGAACCUUGUUGAAACCUUUUAUUUCGUUAAUAAGAUGGCCGUAUGCAUCACUCUGAUGCAGAGGCCGGGGAGA